AUGAUUGCUGAUGAUCGAUUCGAGGAUGGAUUGAUCAGAUGGAAAAGGACUUCGAUAAAACGCUCGCUCGUCGAUCUUUGUGGAAAUUUACAAUCGUUAGCGAUUUGCGGUGGUGGAAGAUUGAUUCGAGGAUGGAUUGGGUGCGCAUUAAAGCGCUCGUCUCAAUCGAUCGUUUUGCUCAACUUCUACACAAGACGUUGUCAAUCACGCGUUGUCAAAGCAGAAAAC